AUGGCCAGCCGACGACGACACCUCCACCGCCGGAAGUCUUGGAGCUACGGCAACGGCUCGAUCACCAUACGUAUCGGGAGCAGAAGAAGCUCACGACACUACCAUGAAGUCCAAGUCAGCGGUCCUCGCGAAGCCGGACGCUUCGCGCGGGUCAUCGAAGACCAAGUCCGCGACUUCCCGCGAGAUCCUCUGAUCAUCGCCAUCAAUGGCUACCAACCGUGGCUGGAAGCCAUCCUCAACUCCUGCUUUCAAGACCACUGGAACGACAUCUCGGAUCUCGAUCGAGAGGUGCAGUUCGCUCACACCAUGCAGUUUCCGGAGAAGGCGAGCAGGAAGGGCAGAUUCGUGCCGUGGUCUUGUAUCAUCGAUCACAUGAAUGUCCCGCAGGUGUACUACUGGUCUGUUGGUGCGGAGCCGCCAUCGGGUGAGGACUGGGAGCUGCCUGACAUCUCGACCUUCCGCUUUCGAGUUGGCAUCUGGCAAAAAGGGCGAGGAGCAUGUUUGAUGGACCGAGAUGUUUCUGUCUCCAUCAUCUUCACGCCCCAAGAUCCACUCAGCGACCACGUUGUCUCAGAGUUGGUGUUUGGUUUUCUGUAUAAGAAUGAGGACCUCGGUCAACCUCGUGAGGACGAGGAAGGGAUAUGCUGGCUGUUCUUGCAACUGUAUCUACUCUUGACCGACUGGCAGAACAUCAUUCACCAACUCAACGAGCGUCUGGAUGAGGCAGAGAAGAACUCCACUGGCCGACAUCUCUCGGUCAAAAUGAGAGGUCGCAUGAUGCACGCUGAAAUCGACAGGAUCUACGAAUUGAAAGAGUACCUCAGCUUCCACACCCGUGCGUUCCAGAAGCUGCAGAAGCUCAAAGGUGAUAUCCCUCCAGACGAGCAGCAAGACCCACUCUGGGACGAUCUCGACGAUGUGGUGGACGACCUGCAACACUGGGACUCCUCCAUUGACAACCUGAAGGAGCGUUUCAACAACCUCCUCGAUCUCGAAUUCAACAUCCAAAAUGCCGUGCAAGCAGACAACUCCCAAUUCCUCGCCAUCAUCGCCACGCUCUUCUUACCAGUCUCUUACCUUGCGUCGCUCUUCGGCAUGACCACCAUCACUUGGCCGGCGAUCUGGUACCUCUACGUCGCCAUCCCAGUUCUUGUGAUCAGCGCAGCUUUUACCGCCAUCUUCCCUUGGUCAGUCAGGAGGGUGCAGAAAGUUCUGUACCCUGAGGAGAUGCGCCGGGUGCGGUUGACGCCGAAUGAGUUCACGAUGCUAGGAGAUGGUCUCCCGGAUAGUGCGGAUGUUCCAGGCAAGUCCGCCACGAGGGGCAGGAGGAAGUCUCUGCGUCCUUCAGGGAUGGACAAUGAUGCUAAGGUGAAGGCAAGGUCGAAGUCGAGGGCAAUGGCUGAGAAGGAUGAUCUCUGGUAG